UUGGUAAUCUUCGUAUCGAGAGAUUCGAGGAUGGUCAUCGCAAGAGGCAGGAGUUUUCAAUCGUCCAAUAUCCAGAAAUUAAUUUCAAUCUUCUGGUACGCAUAGGUACCCAACUGUCGUACGAGGUGGCCGUCGCGGACGCACGACAUUCCGCUUUAAAUGCCGCUCAGUUAACGUCUACGCGUUUUCUUUUAACAAGAAGAAAGGGAAUAAAGUUUUUAAUCGACCGAAGAGAAGACAAAAAGAAAGAAAAAAGAAAGGAAAUCGUCUGGAUUUGGAAUAUGAAAAGGUUGCAAAGGAAAAACGGCACAAGGGAUUCUUCCGGUUCAAAGAAAAUAUCCUGGAACGUUUUUAAGAAUCAAGCUCGAGAAUUUUGUCUCGCGACAGGACUCCAUGGGUACAAGUACGUCGCACAAUCUCAACGUUCGAAAAUCGAACGAACAAUUUGGGCGAUCAUCUUGCUCGGCUCCUUGUGCUGCGCGAUCGUCCUUAUGAAGAUCGCUUGGAAUUACUAUGCUUCCCAUCCAACGCUCACGGUGAUAGAGACGACUCAUCGAGGUAUAUGGAAUUAUCCGUUUCCCGCCGUAACGAUUUGCAAUAUCAAUCGAAUAUCUCUCAAUCUGACGAGAGGCUUGGUCGACAUGUUGUCAUACCCGUCGAAUAUGUCCAAGGAGUUUCUCGUACAAGAAUUUCGACUACUUUUAGAAUUACUCGAUCCUGGUGUGUUUGAGCACGACGUCACGGAAAACCUUACUCGUCUGCAAGAUAUUAUUGACGAUAAUGGGCUAACGAUAAGGGAGGUAAUGGAAAAGGUUACAAAGAACUGCAGCGAUCUCCUAAUAUCGUGCAAGUGGAACGACGAGUCGUUUGAGUGCAACGAAUUCUUUAAUCGGAUAUUAACCAGGGACGGUAUCUGUUGCAGCUUCAAUUACAUUUCGCCGUGCGACGUCGAAAAUUCGAUCGACUCGAAGCCAAGAAAAAUACAAGCGUGUGGAUAUCAAACUGGUCUAACCGUAAAGGUGAAUCCUGAUCCAGAGGAUUAUUUUGCGACCAUUCUCGGAUCUUAUGGCGUCAAGGUCUUGGUACAUUAUCCGUACGAUUAUCCGGAUCACAACGCGAACGACAAGCUGAUCGAUUUGAACAAGCAAGCGUUCCUUAGCGUCUCGCCCGAAGAAACUUACGCGACGUUGGACGUUAAGGAUCUCGCAAUUUCAACGAGAAAUUGCGUUUUUAGCGACGAAGGAGAUAAGAUCCUAAAGGAUGAGAAGGUUUACUACAGAAGAUUAACGUCCGUAAGAUAUUCUUACAUAAAUUGCAUGGCGGAAUGCCGUGCCAAUACCAUUAGGAAUAAGUGCGAUUGCAUCCCAUAUUAUUUUCCAUCAAGCGAGGCCAGAGUCUGUAAUUUGAAGGACGUUAAAUGCCUGUCGAUAUACAGGUGUAGGUAUAAUUUAAAAAAAUCUCUCGCAGCUUGGUACGAUACGUCGUGGCCCGGACAAGGAACGGAAGAAACUAUACUCGAGGACGGAAGAAACUUGGCCGAGAUAUACGAGAGACCUUGCGGAUGUAUUCCCGAUUGCACCUUGUUUCAAUAUCCAGUAGACGUUUCCCAAGGGAUUCUCGAUACUAACAUUUCUUUCGAUGGAUUUCGUUACCUGAGGAAAACUGGGAAACACGAAGGAUCCCAAAAUCAAAGCAUAAUCCACGUCUUCUUCAGCGAUUUGAUAGCCAUUCAGUAUCGUCGAAGAGUACGUUAUAAUUGGCGUAACUUGUUCGCGUCGUUCGGCGGACUCCUGGGUUUAUUCGUUGGAUUCAGUCUAAUGUCUGGCUUCGAAUUGAUAUAUUUCUUUGUCAUUCGAAUAAUCACCGAUAGAUUCGCAAAUACCGAUCGGGAGAAUCGUAACGAAUCGUAAAAGCUUUGUCUUUCAAAUACAAAGUAAUUCGAAAUUAUCGCUUUUAAUGUAAAACCUAUGUCGAUAAUUUAAUAUAGAUUAAUAUGGAUGUAUUGCGUGUUAGUAUCAUUAAAUUAGAUUGAAGAGAAAAGAGAUAAGGAUAAUUUUGAACGUUAUUAUCUAAUUUCGCAUCAUUAAAAAGCAUACUUGCUCUCGACACGGAGGAACAGAAUACGGAUUAGCUCGUCGUAAACGUCAAUAAAUAAUAAAAUAAACGAUCAACGAAACAAAUACGAAUAUGUUUUCUUAUUAUUGUCAAUGCAUCUGCAUUAUCGACUUGGGGUAAAACUGUUGCUACGGCAAUUUUUAUCUCUCUCUGUAAAAAUACAGUACAUUAUUCGUCUCUUUCGUCAAACUCCUUGACGUCUUCCUUGACGCUGUCCCUAUAUCCUUAUUUUCCUUUAGAAAGAUAAAAAAU